AUGUCAGACACAGAAACAAAACCAAUUGAAGAUAAAACAGAAGGAGAAGAAGAAGCAGAAUUAACAAAAGAACAAAGAUUAGAAAUAGCAAGAAAGAAAUUUGAAGAUUUGAAAAAGAAGAAAAAAAAAGAUAAAAAGAAGAAAACUAAAAAGAAUAAAGAUAAUGAAGAAGAUGGAGGUGAAUUAGAAAGUGGAGAUGAUACAUCUAAUAAAGAAGAAACUCCUGUUGUUGAAUCUGAAAAACCUGAGGUAAGUACAAAGGAAGAAGAAAAUAAAUCAACAUUAGAUAAAGAUGAGGAUAAUCCAGAGUCUACGAAAGAUGAUGAAUCUAAAGAAUCAAUUCCAAUUAAAACAGAUGACAAGGAAAAUAAAGAUACAACCAUUUCAAAAUCAAGUCAUGAUUUAGAUUCUAUAAAAUCAGAUUCUUCAAUAAUAGAUGAAUUACAAAAAACAAUAGAAGAUCAAAAAAAAAUUAUAGAAAGAUUAAGAAAUGAAUUAAAAGAUAUGAAAUUAAAUAAAAUGGAAUUAGAAGAUAAUAUAAUUGAUUUAAAACAAGAAAAUGAAGAAUUAAAAAAGUCUGCACCUACAACAACCACCAGUAAAACAUCAUCAUCAACAUCAACAAAAGAUAUACCUCAAGCUAAACCCAUAUUCCUUAAUAAUGAAUUUGCUUCCAUUUCACAACAAAAUUUAAGUAAAUUUAAUUCAACUGAAGAUUUUAGAGAAAAAUUAAUGAUUUGGAAAGGUUGGCAAGUUGAUAUGACAAAUUGGGGAGGUAUAAGUACAAAUAUUGUAUCAUUAUAA